CAUUUUAAUCAGUUUUUAAGUUUUUAACGUGAAGACUGCAGAUUUCAAAAUGUUAGGUUUCUUAUCGUUAAAAAUUUGUUUGUUUUUUGAAUGUUGAUGAAAUUUUAUUGGAAUCCAAAGUGGCGCACAUUUUUCAGUUUUGAAGUCUGGCUGUUUGGCAGUGUUUGCAACUUCGUAAUUAGUUCGACGUUUGACAUUCGUGGUAUGAGUAGACUCAAAGGGUGGACCUGGACCGUUCAGUGCGUUGUGGAGCGUCGGGAAUGUUUACAUUUUUUCAUGGGUGUUGACGCUACUGUUAACUCACAAGCCAGUUGUCGUUUAACUUGAUGACAGAUAUUGACUCACUCAUUUCGAGUUUUGUUCAUUUUGAAGUUUUGGAGGAUGGGGCAUUGUUACAGCAGCUCGAAAACAGCCUAAAAGUUUUCUUAUAACGUUACUGAAUCCGCUGUUAAGAAUCUUAUCAUCGUCAAUUAAUCGCAUAUUAUAUACAAGUUCUUGAAUUUUAAUGCAGUUGUCCUGGGACGUGCUGAUAUGGACUUGAUAUCGUUAUCAUACCUGUGAAGUAUUGUUACCCACUACGCUGCUGUGAGGAAAAGUGUGAAAGGUGCAGCACAACUCCUUCGGUGUUCUCUUUUGUUGCUCAACAUCAUGUAGAUUGGUGGAUUUGUCCAACCGGUAAUGGCUAACAUGCAUAAUAAACUAAACGCGUCACAAACGAAACGUCGCGUUCAGGUCUCCUUUGUUAUUCGGGAUGAAGAAGAACGACGACAUCGUGCUGGCGUUAAUGCGCUACAGUACGAUCCCAUUUACCAUCGCCUGUAUUCGGCAGGCAGAGAUUCUUUCAUUAGAAUAUGGAGUAUCCGCAACAACAGACAAGCCCACUGGAUCCAGACGAUGGAACACCAUACGGAUUGGGUGAACGAUAUUGUGCUGUGUUGUGGCGGCAGAAAUUUGAUUUCGGCAUCAAGUGAUACCACUGUGAAAGUAUGGAACGCACAGAAAGGCUUUUGUAUGUCCACCCUGAGAACUCACAAGGACUAUGUGAAAGCCUUAGCAUAUGCCAAAGAAAAAGAGCAUGUGGCGUCGGCCGGGUUUGAUCGUGCGGUGUUUUUGUGGGAUGUUAACACUCUCACGGCACUUACGGCGUCUAACAACACCGUAACCACAUCCUCUUUGACGGGCAACAAAGAUUCAAUCUACAGUGUCGCUAUGAACCCAGCUGGCACUGUAAUCGUUUCUGGAUCGACUGAGAAUGUCUUAAGGGUUUGGGAUCCACGCACAUGUCAAAAGCUGAUGAAACUAAAAGGACACACAGAAAAUAUCCGUUCGAUUGUUCUUAAUCGUGAUGGCACGCAAUGUCUUUCAGCAAGCAGCGAUGGUACUAUUCGGCUGUGGUCGUUAGGUCAACAACAGUGUGUUCAAACUAUUCGGCACCACACGGAAGGAGUUUGGACAAUACAGGCUAACGAGAGUUUUACGAACGUUUACUCUGCCGGUCGCGAUCGCAAGGUUCUUCGGACAAGUUUAAAGGAUACGGAAACUACCAUUUUAAUCUGUGAGGAAGGUGCUCCGGUCCUGCGUCUCGAACUCGUUCCCGAUGAGUCAAGCAUCUGGGUUGCGACUACAAAUUCUGAUAUAAAAUGUUGGCCUCUGCGGGGCAUCGAUACCCGACGUCCAGUGGAUGCAAAUGAUGUGAUGCUACCGUUGGUACAGAAUCCCGAUCUUAGUAUCCCCGGUGCACCGAGCAUUCGGCAGUAUCGUGUGUUAAAUGACAAAAGGUUCAUCGUAACCAAAGACACCGAGGGAAAUGGAGCCUUGUGGGAUGUUUUGACGGCGAGGAAGUUGGAUAACCUUGGUGCAGUUGAUCUCGAUGCGGAAGUGAAGAAACGAAACAAGCUCAUGUAUGUGCCAAAUUGGUUUACGGUGGAUGUUACAACGGCCAUGCUGUCCAUCCAUUUGGAUGAACACGAUGCCCUGUCCGCUUGGAUUAGCGGAAGAGAUAUGGACGCUAUCGAAGGAGGAAAUUCCCGUUGGACGACCGUAAAUUACGGGAAGAUGAUGUUGGAAUCCCUGCUUGAGUUUUGGCCGUGCAGCUACUUCAAUCGGCCUGGCAGUUAUGAAGCUGAGAACGGUAUGAUGGCCAACGGUGCUGCGGGCGAUGGCAACCAUGUGGCCAGUCGGCGUCCGUUUUUCCAUGUGCCUGAGCACACUCCUGUGAUAUUAAGCGAAGUUAACGGCAGAACCCUUUUCCGCAUGCAUGUCCGUGAUGCCUGUGGGGAAAUUGAAAAUAUUUUGCUUAAGGAGAAUGUUCCACCUUGGGUUCACGAUAUUAUAGUUGAGGGUAAAGAAGCCCCUUUCAACAAAAUGACUUUUUGCCUUGUGCAGUACGGGCAGGCACAGUCUCGAGAAGCCAGAAGGGAGCGAUUAUCUGCAAGUGAGCUUAUUCAGAUUCGCAAGGUAAUUGAACACGUGUACGAUCGAAUCAUUCGGCCAGCCAUGACCGCCUCCUCCAUGGACAAUCCCAGACUGAAUGGAGGGAAUCCCGGAUCGUCACAGGCCGAUAAGCGCUCUCCUACUCCACAAAAUCCGGAUUAUCAACCUACCAUAGAGGAACUGGAGGACAUGAUUGAUAUGUAUUGUGGCGAACAGCGAAUUGAUCCAAACCUAGAUCUCAGGACGGUUAAGCAUUUUCAUUGGCGCAACCAGAACACGGAUUUAAUCUUACAGUACAAAAUGAAGCGGCAUUGAACGCUGGUCGGGAUGUGGAAUGGCAUAAUUUAUGUUCUUCGAUGUUCGUAUGACUUGUGAGCGAACAGUAUGAACGCCUCAUAUAGGGUAAUUACUGUACAUUCGAGGGUUAUGCAGCUAUUUAUUUUGUAAAUACUGACCUGAGUAUUUAUUGUGAUAAGUAUUGCGACACCGGUGAACCUUUGAAACAUUUUAUAAGAAUUUUGCGAUACUACUUCUUAAUAAUAAAUCGGGUUGACGACUUGAACUGCGCUUAGUGGACCCGAUCUUGUAUUCGUAUACAGCAUGCAUCCAGCUAGGAGAAUAGCAAGAGCGACUAUAAAGUUACAUGGGUCCGCUCUAAUGCUUGUAAGUAGGAUUAUAAACAUCCAAAAAUGUUUGUUAACUUUGUAAAGCGAAACUUUCAUUGGCUGGUUACCUAAAACUAAAAGCGGAAAC